AUGACAAAUCGAGAUGAUCAGACAGACAAGCUACAGCGAGAUAUAAUAAACAAACAUUUAAAGUUGCAAGAUGGGGAGAGCAUUAAGUUGACUUUGGAUUUUCUUGCCGAGCUACAUAGGAAGUCUCCUUCAUCAUUUGAAGCUUUCCACGAGACAGUGAAACACAAUGGAGGUGACGAUUUUGAUACAGCUUUUUUACGAGAUAUUUACAAAUCGUUUAAACCGGGGGCAUUGAGAAGAGAGGAUGAACACGGCUCAAAUGGACGUACUCUCAACACGCAUAGCGGAAGAGUGUAUGAAGGUAGAAUCAUCUCAGUGCGUCCUUACGGAGCUUUCAUUAGAUUCAACAACACAUCGGGGCUUUGUCAUAUUUCGCAGGUAUCGUAUAAUGGAUCAAGAACUACACUGAUGGAUAUCCUACACCCUGAUCAAAAGGUGUAUGUAAAGGUGAUUGAUGAGGACCGUAAUCAGAGGAAAUCCUCACUAUCGAUGAGGGGAAUUAACCAGGAAACAGGCGUUGAUGAAACAAGGGAAGUGGGCGGUUUAUCCAGAGAGGACUAUCGCAAGGAACCGCGGAGAGUAGACGUACUAAAUUCGACAUCCGAUAGAAUACAUCACGAGCCGGAAAUUGAAACCGAGAUUGAACUAAAUGAUUCCCGGCCUACUUUUUUGAAAAACCAAGGGUUUACAGAGACUGCACCCACUAUCAACACAAUUUUAAGCAUGGAUGGUGCAAUGAGCAAAGCAGCUGAAAAUGGGUCUGAUUUCGCUAGAAAGUUUAGAGAGGAAAAGGUUCAAAAAGAAAAGGAAAAGAAUAAAGCAGCUCACCAACAGAAUGAUCCUCUCUCUCAGAAGGCAAAAACAGAAAACGUCAUAUCAGAGUGGAAGUCAUCGCACAAGCACCCUUCCUUUCAAAAGCCUACCAAGCUCACCAUUCAAGAGCAAAAGAAAUCACUUCCCGUAUACGACAUGAGGACUGACCUCAUCAAACUGAUUAAAGAUAAUCAAUUUAUUGUCAUUGUUGGAGAGACUGGUUCGGGGAAAACCACGCAAAUUGUGCAGUACAUCUACGAAGAGGGACUAAAUGUAGUCAACGACGAGGACAAAAUUAUUGGCUGUACUCAACCUCGACGUGUGGCAGCCACAUCUGUAGCCAAGAGGGUGUCCGAGGAAGUCGGGUGCGACCUCGGUGACGAAGUGGGGUACAACGUUCGGUUUGAUGACAAGACCACACCCAAGACAAAGAUCAAGUACAUGACUGAUGGUAUGUUGGAAAGAGAGGCUCUUACUGACCCUGAGAUGAGUAAAUACGCAGUGAUAAUGUUGGACGAGGCCCACGAACGAACAAUCUCCACCGAUGUGCUAUUUGCUUUAUUAAAGAAAGCAGCACUGUCGAAUCCCAAUUUGAAGAUAAUUGUCACUUCCGCUACAUUAGACUCGGACAAGUUUUCCAAAUUCUUCAACAAUUGUCCGAUACUAAAUAUUCCUGGUAGGACAUACCCAGUGGAGGUAUUAUAUACGAAGGAGCCAGAGAUGGAUUACCUCUCAGCCGCUUUGGACACUGUUAUGCAAAUACACAUUGCAGAGCCUAGUGGCGACAUAUUAGUAUUUUUGACAGGACAGGAAGAAAUAGAUACCAGUUGUGAAGUGUUGGCUGAACGUGUAAAGGUUUUGGGCGAUUCUGCGCCUGAGCUCAUUGUUCUACCUGUAUAUGCGGCAUUGCCAGCAGAAAUGCAGACCAAAAUCUUUGAACCGACACCGCCUGGAUCGCGCAAAGUGAUUUUGGCAACGAACAUUGCCGAGACAUCGAUAACGAUCGACGGUAUAUACUACGUUAUUGACCCUGGAUACGUAAAGUUGAAUGCUUAUGAUCCAAAGCUGGGUAUGGAUACAUUGAAAAUAUCACCCAUUAGCAAAGCACAAGCCAAUCAACGAAGUGGAAGAGCCGGUAGAACCGGCCCAGGAAAAUGCUACCGUUUGUACACCGAGCAGUCAUAUACCACGGAAAUGCUUCCAAAUACGAUUCCCGAAAUACAGCGACAGAAUUUGUCGCAUACAAUUUUAAUGUUGAAAGCAAUUGGUAUCAAAGAUGUGAUCCAUUUCGAAUUCAUGGACCCGCCUUCAAGAAACUCAUUGCUAACGUCUUUAGAGGACCUUUAUACAUUGGAAGCUUUGGACGAUGAUGGAGAGAUUACUCCGUUGGGAAGAAAAAUGGCUGAUUUCCCCAUGGAGCCUGCACUAGCCAAAACACUCAUCAAGUCGGUUGAUUUAAAUUGCACAGAAGAAAUUUUAACCAUUGUUGCCAUGCUCUCUGUGCAAAGUAUUUUUUAUCGUCCAAAAGAUAAGCAGAAUGCAGCUGAUCAGCGUAAAGCAAGAUUCUAUUCUACAAAAGGGGACCACCUAACUUUGCUUAAUGUGUAUAACCGUUGGCGCGCAAGUAACUACAAUAAGGACUGGUGCCGAGAUAAUUUCAUCCAGGAGAGGAGUAUGCGACAUGCAAAGGAAGUACGGAGACAAUUACUGGCAAUUAUGCUCAAACAUAGGUACCAGGUGAAUUCUUGUGGAUCUGACCUCGAUGCCGUCAGAAAGACGUUGUGCUGUGGGUAUUUUAAAAACACAGCUAAGCGUGAUUCAGGAGAAGGAUACAAAACUUUAUCCAAGAAUGAAACGGUCUAUCUACAUCCGUCGUCAAGUCAGUUUGGAAAGAAUCCGGAAUACUUGUUGUAUCAUGCGAUAGUCUUGACAACGCGCGAGUACAUGCAUCACGUUUCUGUAAUAGACCCUCAGUGGCUUUGUGAAUACGCUCCAAAGUAUUUCAAACUUGCUGACCCUGAUAGCCAGACGAGGAAGAAACAAAAGAUUGUACCGCUAGCAUCGUUUGGAAAUCGCAACCAAAAGAGAUCAAUGGGCUGGUGGCCAGGCCAGAGGAAAUAG